AGACAACUCUGUCAAAAUUCAUUUAUGAAAGAGUUUCUCAUCAAUUUGAAGCUAGUUGCUUUAUUGCUAAUAUUAGAGAAGAAACUAGAACUGAUUAUGAUCUAGUUUAUCUACAAAAACAACUUAUUUCUGAGAUCCUCAUGGACAGAGAAAUAAAUAUAUGGAAUAGCUAUGGGGCAACUAGAGUGAUAGCAAACAGACUACGUAAUAAAAAGGUUUUUAUUGUUCUUGACGAUGUAGAUGGAGAAAAACAAGUAAAAGCAUUAGCAGAGAGCCAUGAUUGGUUUGGUCAAGGGAGUAGAAUUAUUAUAACAAGCAGAGAUCGACAUUUGCUAAACAGAUUUGUGGAUAAUACCUACGAUGUUAAGGUGCUGAAUGAUUCUGAAGCUUUACAACUCUUUAGUUGGAAAGCCUUCAAGAAACCCCAUCUUGAAGAAAAUUACGCGCAAUUGUCUAUGGAUAUUGUGAAUUAUGCUCAAGGCCUUCCUUUAGCUCUUGAAGUUUUUGGUUCCUUCUUAUUUGGUAGAACAAUGGAUGAAUGGAAGAGUGCCAGGGAUUUACUAAGAAAAAAUCCCAAUGCAGAAAUUUUGGAUAAGCUAAAAAUAAGUUAUGAUGAAUUGGAGGAUUUGCAGCAAAAUUUGUUUUUAGAUAUUGCAUGUUUCUUCAACGGAGCAUACAUACAUGGCAUCAUAUACAAACUAGAAAGUUUUGGUUACUAUCCGAACAUCAAUAUGAGAGUUCUUGUGGACAAAUCUCUUAUAACUAUGUCAGGGGGAAGAUUGCAGAUGCACGAUUUGUUACGAAAAAUGGGUCAGAAAAUAGUUCGUUGUGAGUCUGAGGAGCCUGGCGAAUUCAGUAGAUUGUCGUGUAACGAGGAUGUCAUUCAUGUAUUGAAAAAUAGUACUGGAACUGAUGCGGUUACAGGCAUUGUUCUAAAAUUGCCUUUACAGAAACAAGAGCGGCUAAAUGUUGAAGCCUUCUCAAAGAUGAAAAAAUUGAAAAUGCUUCAAAUUAGCAAUGACUAUGAUUUUUUACGAUGGCUUUCUAAUGCUUAUGAUCAUUUCUACACUAAUCUGGAAUGGCGUGGAGAUCCUUCAAAUGUCAUGCUAAGCAAUAAGUUAUGCAUUAUGGAAUGGUGGAGAUAUCCUUUAGAAUCCUUGCCGACCAAUUUCCAUUCAGACAAUCUUGUUGAGCUCAUAAUGCGUGAGAGCUGCAUCAAGCAACUGUGGGUUGGAAGGAAUAGUUUUGACAAAUUGAAACACAUUGACCUAAGUCAUUCUCAAAACUUGAUGGAGACACCAGAUUUGAGCGGAGUCCCAAAUCUUGAGAAAUUAGAGCUUGUACGUUGUACAAGUUUGUCCAAGGUCCACCCAUCCAUUGGAUUUCUAAGACGGCUUAUAUUGUUGGAUCUAAAAGGUUGCAAACAUCUUAAGAGACUUCCAGACGAGAUGACCAGCUUGAAAUCUCUUUAUUAUUUUAGACUUUCUGGCUGUUCAAGACUCAAGAAAAUUCCAGAUAGUGUGGGUAAUAUGACAUCUUUGCGGAACCUUUAUUUGGAUAGAACAGGCAUAAAAAAGUUACCACGAUCAUUUAAGAGGUUGUCGUCUCUUGAAAGUCUCAAUAUAUCUAAUUGCUCUAGACUAGAGAAAAUCCCAAAGAACCUGAUUAGUGGUAUGGAAUGUCUACAUACACUUAGGGUAGGUGGAAGUGCUACAAGGAAACUUCCGAUAGGCAGUGGACCAGAUCCCAUUAUAAGUCUUUUGAUACCAAAUUUGUUCUCAUGUUUAAGCUCUUUAAGAGAAGUAGAUUUGAGUUAUCGCAAUCUAUCAGAUGGAGCAAUUCCUAGUGAUCUUAGUUGCUUAUCCUCACUUUAUUCUUUAAGGCUGAGUGGGAACAAAUUUACGAGAAUACCAGAUAGUGUCGGUCAACUUCCUCAGCUUGGAAAACUUAACUUGGAUGAUUGUACUUGGCUUCAAUUAUUGCCGAAGGUUCCAUUGGGAUUAAGAUACUUGAAUGUAAAAAAAUGUCCAUCGCUGUAUUUGUUUUAUAAGCAAAUGGAGAUGUGGAGGACUUCAAAUGAAAAAUUAAGGAGCAUUGAUUGCUCCUUUCUACAAGCUUAUAUUGAUUAUGAUGGAAAACCCUUCAAAAUCCUCCAUCUGCAUCCACGAAGUCCUUUAUGGAGUAAAGAAAGUUAUGAAGAUUUUGUUCCUAUAGCAUGUGGCCCUCCGUUGGUGGGAUCAAGAAUCCCAGAGUGGUUCAAUGAUAAAAGCACUAAUUCGUUUGGAACAAUUCAAAUGCAUUCAGAUGUGGGCUUAGAUGGGUACUUUUGGCACUGUAAGGGGUAUGCUCUUUUUAUUGUUUAUGAAUUUCAUGAUCCUCACACUGAUCCAAGAAAGGUGGAUAAGCAUGGGAAUUCGAAUUCUACAACAUUUGAUGGCACUCAUCAUCCCAAUUUUCCCAACUUUAUUUGUCAUUUUCAAGUCAGUGGAGUUGAAAUUAGACAACCGUUAGUCCUUUGUGCCCCUGGAGUCCCUUCGGUUGGGCCAAACGGAUUUUGGGUGUAUAUACCAGCUUCGUGGUUCAUCCGGAGAAGUGUGGGGAAUAUAUGGAGAUCCGUUGAGGCUUCAAUUACAACAGGGAGCCUGAAUGUUGAGGUAAAGGAGUGUGGGGCGCGUGUAGUACGUGAUCAGAGUGAUGCUUCCGAGUUGUACCAAGUUCUAAACACCAUUUCUCCGCAUGCUUUGGGUUUAAAAAGUUAUGAGAAUCUUUUUUCUCUUUUCGACACCAUUUCUCCAUCUAUGGCCUUAUACGGCCCUAUUAUUAUUAUGAGUACCAUUAAAUAUAUGUGAAAUAUAUUAGAAGCGGAAGAAUAUGUAAGGACUACAUUCUAUUGAGUCUGAUGUAUAUAAAUGAAUACAGAUGCCUCUAUUUAUAGAGAAUCUAGGCUUCCUGAAGUAAGUUGAGGCCUUUAUGAUAAGCCUAUUUGGACUGGUUCUAGGAAAGGUUACUAUGUCAGUUCAGAAACGUGGGAGUCUCUAAGAAAGAAGAAGGAAGGGAUAGAUUGGUGGAAGCUGGUGUGGUUCCCUAAUACCUAAGCAAGCUUUCAUUCUUUGGCUUGCUAUGCAUGAUAGGCUCAUGACAGGGGAUCGUCUGCUAAAGUGGGGAUAUAAAGGUGAUGUUAAGUGUUAUUUCUGCCAUAACCAAACUGAGAGUAGAGAGCAUAUGUUCUUUGAAUGCAGUUUUAGUUAUCGAAUUUGGAAGUUUUUUAUGCUUCAUUGCAGAGUGGACAACCCUUCUGUUGUUUGGGAUGAGAUUAUGCAACUAGGUAUCAGUAAAUGGAGAAAUAAAGCUCUCAAGGGUCUCCUCUGCCGCCUGAUUUUGGGGUUUGUCACAUAUAAUCUUUGGCGCACAAGGAAUGAACUUAAGCAUUCUGGUCAGCCUCUAACUGAAGAACAGAUUCUUAAAAAAAUUCUUUGGGAAGUGAGGGCUAGAAUAGUUGGGAAAGGAAAAUUUCCCAAGACUAGAGAGAAUUUGGCCUUAGUGCCUUUGUGGAAUUUGCCUGCAGAUUUGCUGUUGUAAUCUGAAGGUUUGUCUGCUUGAUGUUAAGGGUGGCUUUGCAAGGGUUAUCUCUGGUUUGGGGAGACUUGAGUCUUUUAGUCUGCAGUUUUGAUGUUGCUACAGUUCUUUCUGGUUGUUUAGGGCUUUGAGAGGCUGUGAGUUAGCCUAUUGUCAGGGCUUGUAUUUGAUGCUUAGUGUUUGGGAGGUUUGGUUUGCUGGGGAUUUUUUUGUUGGUUUUUUUUUUUUUUUUUUUUUGGCUGCAGUUGUAUGUUGCUGCGGUUCUUUUCUGGUUUGAGCCUGGUUGUUUACGCCUCUGUUAGGCUGUGUUUUGGCCUGUUGGUAGGGCUUGUAUUUAGUGUUCUUUGAUGUUUGUUUUGUGCUUAAUGAAGUUAUUUAUUCAUCAAAUAUUGUAUGUUGCUGUGGUUCUUUUCUGGUUUGAGCCUGGUUGUUUACGCCUCUGUUAGGCUGUGUUUUGGCCUGUUGGUAGGGCUUGUAUUUAGUGUUCUUUGAUGUUUGU